UGUGCUUGCCUUCGAACCUUUUAAAAUGUUCCCCCCUCUCUCUGAUUCGUCAGACGCAAGAGAAUGUCCCUCUUUUUGUCUCCCUCUCUCUCUCCCCUCCUCACUCACUCCCUCUUUCUCUCCCCAUCUCUGAUUAGAUAGAUAUACUGAUUCCUCAUUCAAUGGACGUCAUUUAGUGCAGACUCUGCCUUGAGUUGCUUCCUCGCUUCACGCUCGAUUUCCGACCAUUCUUCCCUUAUUAAGAAUUCGUGUAAUAUUAAUAGUCAUGAAUAUCUGCUAUUAGGAGUCCAAGGAAAGAAGCAGCUCUUUGCUAAUAUGAGCUCAGUCGAGGGAACAGCACAGUGAUAGAGACAGAAGACGGAACAGGGAUACAAGAAACUUUAAACAUAAAUCCGCAAGACCAAACAUUGCAUUUUAGAAUCGAAUGAAGGGCAGUGGGAAUUUAACCAAAUUCUGAUGGAUUAUCGUUCUUCGGUGGUGCUUAUCUGAACAUUGGGCUCCGUGAUCUUUCAAUAGUGUUGUUGCUGGCAUUAUUUUGUUUGCUCGUAAAUUUUCGUUGUUUUAUCAACGUUUUUCUUCUGAAAAUUCUCUUUUGAAUCGCUCGAAAAUCUUCGCAGAUGUUAGUGCACAGCUUUUCCGCGAUGGAUCGCCACGACGGUACCAGCAAUGGGACAGCCAGGCUACCUCAGCUGGGAGGUGUGGGCCAGUCUCCAUAUAGCGCCCCUCCACUCUCCCAUACCCCAAACUCCGACUUCCAGCCACCGUACUUUCCUCCGCCCUACCAGCCAAUCUACCCCCAGUCUCAGGACCCAUACUCGCACGUCAACGACCCCUACUCCCUCAACUCCCUGCACGCUCAGCCGCAGCCACAACACCCUGGCUGGCCGGGCCAGAGGCAAAGUCAGGAGAGCAGUUUGCUGCACCAGCACCGUGGCUUGCCCCAUCAGCUCUGUAGGGAGUACCGUAGAGAAGUGCUCCUGCCGUCGGGCCACGGAAUCGAUACCGGACUCUCAGAUUCUAUCCCAAUCCAUGGAAUACCUCACUCUUUAGAAGAUGUUCAGGUAAUUCAGCAUUAUUUGCAUGUUGAGGAUCAAGGAAUUCACAUCCCAGACCAGACUGUAAUUAAAAAAGGUCCAGUUUCUUUAUCCAAGAACAACAACGUCUCCGCCAUUCCGAUAAAUAAGGAUGGUCUUUUUGGCGGUGUGGUAAACCCCAACGAGGUGUUCUGCUCUGUUCCGGGUCGUCUGUCUCUGCUCAGCUCCACAUCAAAAUACAAGGUCACGGUGGCGGAAGUGCAGAGACGCCUUUCGCCGCCUGAGUGCCUCAACGCGUCACUGCUGGGCGGGGUGCUGAGAAGGGCCAAGUCUAAGAAUGGCGGAAGGUCCCUCAGAGAGAAAUUGGAUAAAAUCGGAUUAAAUCUACCUGCAGGUAGACGCAAAGCCGCAAACGUUACCCUGCUGACGUCACUAGUCGAAGGCGAAGCCGUGCAUCUUGCCAGAGAUUUUGGUUACGUAUGCGAGACUGAGUUUCCAGCCAAGGCAGUAGCUGAAUAUACAAACCGUCAGCAUUCCGACCCAAACGAACAAGUCCAGAGGAAAAACAUGUUAUUGGCAACGAAGCAAAUCUGCAAAGAAUUCACAGACCUGCUUUCCCAGGACCGUACGCCCUUGGGGAAUUCUCGACCACAACCUAUUCUUGAGCCAGGGAUUCAGAGUUGCUUGACCCAUUUCAGUCUCAUUUCUCACGGAUUCGGGACCCCAGCCAUGUGCGCGGCCCUCACCGCUCUCCAGAACUAUCUGACCGAGGCGAUUAAAGCCAUGGACAAAAUGUACCUGAACAACAACAGUCACUCAGACAGCGGCACUAAAGGCGGAGACAAAGACGAGAAGCACAGAAAGUGAUUCCCACCUGAAAGCCCAAUAUAAAUAUUAUAAAUACAUAUAAAUACUAUUGAUCAAGUAAACGUGCCACUUCCUGAUCUCGCGAUGAUUUUACAUGUUUGUUUUUAAUUCCAUUCAACUUUGGAUUCACGGGAAGUGAUGCGCAAGAUCCCCACAAUUAUUAAAAAGAAAAAAAAUGCUGAAAGGCGCAAAGGAACAGAUGCAGAGAGGAAAGAUCUCUGCCACAUCUAUGACGUUUUAUGUACUCCCUCUUUUUAUGAGCUGCAACGGACUGAAAUCGAGCGACCCUUAUAUCUCUCAAUUUACGAUUGUAGCCAUGUGACAAAAAGAAGCUAAAAGAGGAUGAAUUAUUAUCAGUAUUGUGAAUAAUAAACUUGAAAAAAAUCCACAGAGUUCCAUGUCAUGACUUCAGUUGUAGACUCUCACUCCAAGCGACCAACUUGAACUUUGAAUUUCAACACGAUUCACGGUUAUAUAAGGGAAUCUGUGUUCAUGUAUGUAUAUAUUUAUUUAUGUGUAAUUUAAUGGGAAUUGUAAAUAUGGUGCGUCUGUUGAAACUUCUUUUUUAUUUAUCUGGUGCCUCCUGUUUUAGUGGGUUUAAAUAUUCGGUUAGUUCUUCAUGUGGUUUUAUGGUUCUUAGAAAACAGAAGUUUGGGGUAUUUUUUCUCUGGGAUAUUUCAAUUCAGCCCUCUUGUAGCAUGUUGAGGCGACAUUGAAGCAAGUAAACAAAUUUAAUAGAAAUAAACAUCCAUUUCUCUCUAGCUAUAUCAUCCUUAUUCCAUUCAGUUUUUUAAUUGAAACGUGCAUAAUCGAGACCCCGAAGAGAACUGUUUUGUGUUUCUACUUUCUUGUUUUUAUACAAGCUUUUAUGUGUUGUGCCAAUCAGAAUACGUUUCACUUGUUCUUCCCUUGAAGCACCAUAAAAGCAAUAAAUGGAUAUUGUCUUUUGAUUCUUUUUUUUAUGUUCGAAGUAAUUCUAAGCAUUUGGGACCAUCUGAUAUCUUGUAUGUCCAAUGUCCAAAUUGGAGGCGGUUUUAGCUGUAUUGUAUAGACUUGUGCUGGCAAUAGUUCCCAUGCCUGUCAAUGUAUUAUAGUCCUUUGUUGCCCAGAAAAAAAUAAACAUUUGAUACGCUUCAUGUUGAUUUUUAUUCAUAUAUUUUCAUUUUUUAUUCAGUGGUUGAUACGCCCGGGUGUAUUUUCGUUCUUGGCAAUUUUUUCUAUUCAGCACGGUUACAGUAAUUGAGUUUAACUCUCCCCUGACGAGUGUUCCUUGCAAUAAGCAGCUGAACCCAUUGUUUCCCUCAAGUAUAAUAAAACAACUUAUACUUUCAACUCAUAGUUCAGAGCACAGGAUCAUUCAAAACCGGAGCCGAGCUUUUUUACCAUGCCAAAUGACACAGAAAACAAUGAAUUCGUUGGUGUUUGAAGUGUGUGUGUGAAGCGCCAGCCCUCAAGCAAAACCGUUCUUUAAAAUCAGUGAGAUGUAUAUGGCUGUGUUGAAGGUUAUUACAUUUGCCUUUCCCUACCACUCUAUUGUUUUCUUUAUUUCGUUUUUGUUAAAGCUUUUUUAAGACAUGCAUCAAAUAUUUGUUAUUACUAGCCUGUCUGUAAUUAUUGGUGUUGUUUGACAGCAUUCAGUUGGAAUAAAAUGUGGGAAACCU